CUAUAUUCUCCCAGCCACAGGAUUCAAGGCAGCAGCCUCUCUAUUGGAAAGACCUGGAGGGGGACACUUAAUGCCCCGGAACCUUCCUCCGGAGCUUUUGUUUCCCAAUUGGAGGGGGAAGAGAUUGAGAAGGACCGUGGUCCUUUGACCGGAAGUGACGCGCGGAUUUGUUGACAGCGGCCGUGUUUGGAGUGUGAGUGUGUGGAGCGGCUGAUGCCAAGGAAGGAGAGGGAAGGAGAAGAGGCAGCUCCGGUGGGAAGCCGGGACUCCGCUCCCUCCUUUCUCCGGAACCGGAACCAGAUCCAAGGCAGACCCAUCCUCACCCAUAGAGCUGGGGAGGCAGCUGCCUUGACAGAAUUGGGAAGUCAACUCGGAAAUCUGGAAAGAAGGGAAGGGAAUUUCUACGGGGGGAGGAAAAAAGUGCCAAUUGCCUCCUCGCCUCACGUUCCUCCCCCUCCCUCCCCUCUUUCCCCCCUCUAUUGCCACAAAAUGGCCUCCGACAGCCCAGAGUCCCUGAUGACCCUGUGUACCGAUUACUGUCUUCACAAUUUGGAAGGGACCCUCUUCUACUUGCUGGACAAUGAGACCCUCCGUCUCCACCCGGAUAUAUUCCUUCCAAGUGAGAUCUGUGACAGACUCGUCAAUGAGUAUGUGGAGCUGGUAAACGGCGAUAGCAUCUUUAAGCACAACGAGAACUUCUUCACCCUCUUCUCAGAUCCUCGGAGCACCAGAUUGGCACGGAUCCAUUUGCAGGGAGACAUUGUACAGGAUCAAGAUUUAGAAGCCAUUCAGAAACAGGACUUGAUUGAGCUCUUCCUAACCAACUGUGAGAAGCUAACAGCCAAGAGCCUCCAGACCCUGGGCAGCUUCAGCCCCACCCUCGUGUCUCUCAGCCUUUUCGGUUGCGCCAACAUUUUCUAUGAAGAGGAAAACCCUGCAGGCUGCGAAGAUGACUUCAACCCCACCCGCCAAGUCUUGGUCAAAGAUUUCACCUUUGAAGGCUUCAGUCGCUUGCGUUUCCUCAACCUGGGCCGGAUGACGGAAGGGGUGAAUGUGGAGACCUUGCUCCGUCCUUUAGCCUCCCUGACGGCUCUGGAUCUUUCAGGGAUCCAGAUGAAUGACCUUCUUUUCAUGACCCAAUGGAAAGAGAGCUUGGCUUCUUUAGUGCUUUACAACACAGACCUCUGCGAGGAGCACAUCCAAGUCAUAGCUCAGCUGCGCAAGCUCAGGCACUUGGAUAUCUCUCGGGACCGCCUCUGCAGCUAUUACAAAUUCAAAUUGACACGCAAGGUUUUGAACCUCUUUGUGGAGAACCUAGUGAACCUCAUCUCUCUGGAUAUCUCAGGCCACACCAUGUUGGAGAACUGCACUUCCUCAUGCCUAGAGGAGAAAGUGGGCCAGACGAGCACCAAUCCAGAAGAGAGCAGCAUCACUCCUUUCAGGAAUCUGAAGCGGCCACUCCAGUUUCUGGGCUUGUUUGAAACCUCUCUCUGCCGUCUCUCACACAUCCCAGCCUACAAGGUUACAGGAGAUAAAAAUGAAGAGCAGGUUCUUAAUGCCAUUGAGGCCUAUACAGAACACCGGCCUGAAAUUACGUCUCGAGCCAUUAACCUCCUCUUCGACAUUGCCCGCAUUGAGCGUUGCAACCAACUCCUAAGGGCCCUUAAGCUAGUCAUCACUGCACUCAAGUGUCACAAAUACGAUAAAAACAUCCAAGUGACGGGGAGUGCGGUCCUCUUCUACCUCACCAACUCAGAGUAUCGGCAUGAGCAAAGCAUUAUGUUACGGCGACAGGUCAUCCAGGUGGUGCUGAACGGCAUGGAAUCUUACCAGGAAGUCACUGUACAAAGGAACUGUUGCCUGACUCUGUGCAACUUCAGCAUCCCAGAGGAGCUGGAGUUCCAGUAUCGCCGGGUCAAUGAACUACUCCUGAACAUCCUCAACCCAACGCGGCAGGAUGAGUCUAUCCAGCGGAUUGCUGUGCAUCUGUGCAAUGCCCUGGUGUGCCAGGUGGACAAUGACCACAAGGAGGCUGUGGGCAAAAUGGGCUUUGUCAUGACAAUGCUGAAGCUCAUUCAGAAGAAAUUGGGGGAUAAAACGUGUGACCAGGUGAUGGAGUUCUCCUGGAGUGCCUUGUGGAACAUCACAGACGAGACCCCUAACAACUGUGAGAUGUUUCUCAACUAUAGUGGUAUGAAGCUCUUCUUGGAGUGCUUGAAGGAAUUUCCAAACAAGCAGGAGCUGCAUCGCAACAUGUUGGGCCUUCUGGGGAACGUUGCUGAGGUACAAGAGCUCCGCCCGCAGCUCAUGACUUCCCAGUUCAUCACUGUGUUCAGCAACCUGUUGGACAGUGAAGCUGAUGGCAUCGAAGUGUCCUACAAUGCGUGUGGGGUUCUCUCUCAUAUCAUGUUUGAUGGACCAGAAGCCUGGAUGAUCUCUGAGCCCCGCAGAGAGGAAGUUGUGGACAGGAUGUGGGCAGCCAUUCAGCGCUGGGAUGUCAAUUCCAGGAGAAACAUCAACUACCGGUCCUUUGAGCCAAUCCUAAGACUUAUACCUCAAGGAAUUUCUCCUGUGAGUCAACAGUGGGCUACCUGGGCCCUCUACAACCUCGUCUCCGUCUAUCCUGAAAAAUACUGCCCCCUGCUGAUCAAAGAAGGCGGACUCCUUCUCCUGAGGGAUAUGAUUAAAAUGGCUUCAGCGAGACCAGAAACAAAGGAAAUGGGACGGAACGUCAUAGAACACUGCAAUAACUAUAUGGAUGAGAACAUGGACACGUCAAGAUAGAGGUGAGAGUGUGGUGAUCCACCUCCCACCUGUGCCGUUUCCAGCGUCUCUCCAGCUCACUGUACAUAGGUUGGACUUUCUCACCAGCUUAGCUGUUGGAAGGAGCUCUUGAUUAAUUCAUUGUAUGUGUGUUUGCGUGUGUGUAUGUCUAAAAAGACCCUCGACAAAUGAGGGAGAAUCAGUGCUCCUGAGCAUAAUUUGCUGGGGCAGACCAUUUUGCACAUGGAGAACAAAAACGGCUUUCUUUUGAAUAAUGGAUUCGCUCCCCACUUUCCCUUCUUGUUUAAUGAAAAGGACAAAUUGGAGUUUGUGUGAGUAUGAUUUCUCUGAAAGAAAGAAAGAAAGAAAGAAAGAAAGAAGAAGCAAUGAUAGCAUGAUGUGUGUCUGUUAACCUUUUGUAGAGAGAACUGAAAGCCACAAAUGGAGGGUGAACAUGGCAACCUGGCUGUAAUUUGGAAAUACUCUUCUCCCAUCCUAUCUGCCUCCACCAGUGGUUUUUUUAAACUUCCAGGUGAUUGCUCUGCCAUUUGUCUUGCAUGCGGUCUUGUGAUGCUUGCAACAACAAAAAAGGAGAGGGGAAAGGAUUUUGGUUCAAAAUCAACAGGUUGGCUCCAGGAUCUGCCUUUCUGCAGAUAGAAGGGGGUCUCUUCCAGGAAAGGGCCCCAUCAUAUUUGGGAGAGAUCCUUUUGCCUUCCACAAUACAACUCACCCAAUUUGGCAGUAUCUCCUCAGCCCUCUGCCAGUCUGGUGGUGUGUGCCUACAUCUGAAUGUAACACAGUGUUUGGGUGGGUCCCCUUUUAAGACAUAUACCAGGAGUGGGCAAAGUGUAAAUCACCGGCCACAUGGGUACUGUGAAGCCCUGCAGUGCCCCCCAAUGCCCUGUUUUUUUGCCACCUUGUAUGCUCGCUGGGGCAUAAAAUUUAGGCCUUUUUUUUUUUUUAGCAAGAAGGGAACAAGAGGUGACUUCUAUUCACUUCCUUUUGUUUUAAAAAAGGAAUCUUUUGGACCUAAAAUGGCAGAGAAGGGGGACUAAAGCAUGGUGAAAAUGCCCUCACACUCCCAGACUGCAUGUGGGAUAAACAAAUUUUUAACACAAUGUUGUGUGUGUUGGUGGUGCAACCCUCCAAGGUAUUCUGGAAAGCUAAUGCCUUGCCCAGAUGUUCACCCCUUGGCGGCACAGUGGUUACAUUGGCCAGCCAGCAGUCCAGAUGCUCCUGUUUGUACCUGACCAGGCGGAGGAGCCAAGCCAAAACAGCUGGCUUUGUAGAGCCAGGUGGAACCUUAUUGAUCACUUGAUCUGCCCUGACUUGAUAGCUAGUGGCAGUGCUAUCUUCUUGGCCAUCCAAACCUGUGGCCCCAAAGUGCAGCAGAGACCAAGCCAACAUGGCUGGUGGCUGUUAGGCCAGUAAGGUUCAAAGAACACUAGUGGUCCAGCUGUUGAAAUCCUUGGUUGAAAACCAAAUCAAUAUUUGUCACUGAGGGGAAAAGAAGAGUGGAUUAUGGGUUGCCUGGGUUGCCCUUACUGUUAUUUUGUACUGCAAAUUAAUUUCCGGAUGUGAGUGGGAAGUUUUUAAUGCCAUAAAAUCAGAGAAAUGUGGAGAGGUGCAAGUUAUUCAGAAUUUAACUUUUCUCUCUCCUCCUUUCCCAAGUAGAGAAAGUGUACAUCUUGUGAAAGACUGAAUCCUGAAAAAUCUUGUCUCUGGAGUUUUGUAUUCUUUGUUGUAAACUACAGACAAAACCAAGCAGAGUCCUUUUAUUUUAAAAUGAUGAAUUGUAAGUUCCUUAGGGAUUUAUCAUUACUGCCAUGUUUUUCAUGACCAGGGAACAGAAAUGAAAAUGAUCCGGAGCUACUCCGAUGAAACAGGCCACAUUGUUUGGGGUGCAACCAAACCCACAGUGCUAAAAACAAGUGGAGCUCACUGGGGAAAAGGGGGAAUAGGGCAAGUUAAGUCCCACAUCAACAGUGUUGUGAGUGCAUAAUUUCACUUUUCUCCAUUGAUGCCUAAUGGGGUGAGAGAUCUCUGGCUCUGCCAUUCACUCCUGUGGCAAAAGUAAAGCACUCUUCUCAUAAAUACAGUUUCUGUCAAGGCAAACCCACUUUGUCAUUCAUACCAGAUAAUUUGAACUUGACCCCUACCUCUCAAAAGUGCCUGAAAUAGAUGGACUUCUUACCUAGGCUCAUCAUAGCGGUUGCCAUUUGGCUAGGCUUUGGCCUGAAAUGGCGCAUUGCUGCUCAGCUAACAAUAGGAGGAAAUACUCCUGUAUUUACAUAAGUCAAGAGCCCAAACAGAGGCUUCUCCCUGUCUCUCCUCCAACUCAAACCUAGCGAAACCAGCUCCCAUUUCUUAGGGCUGAGGGCUUAGGAAAAAGAUGCUAAAAUGCACAGGGAAACAUUGGUAGCAUGGAAAGAUGGGGAGAGGGAGAAUAGCUUUCAGUUGCAAUGGAUUCCAAUUGCAAGAAUUAGGUGAACUUAGGUGAAAACCAGAAUGGUGUAGUGGACUGAGAGUUGGGGUAGGAUCUGGAGCAACCAGGGUUCGAAUCCCCACUCAGCCACGGACAACCCACUGGGACAUUUGGAGAAAUCGUACUCCUUCAUCUUCAGAGGAAACCAAUGGCAAAUCUCCUCUGAAGAAAUGUUGCCAGGAAAACCCUAUCACAGAGUAGACAUCAGUGGGAAUUAACUUGAAGUCAUAUCAAAACAUAAUAAAGGCAAGUAGUUAAAAAGGUCUUAUUCAACUAAAAACAUGUCCCUGAAUCAAUUAUUGAGCAGCAUUUUUUUAAAUUCAGUAUUGAAAUCCAAAAAGUCUGGGUAGCAAGCCCCAUCUUAGAAGAGGCAUUUCUUUAAUUUAAUUUCUUGAUUAAUUGACUAAAAAUUGUCUGCUAUGGCUUAUUAAACCAGGCAAGAGGCAAAGGAUCAGUUUUUGUUCUAACUGUAGCUUCUGAAUCUAACUUGAAUUAGGGAUGUCAGAUGUCCUUCUUUUAGACAACCUUGCAGGUGAUUCCCAUGAUUUGUUUAAUAUUGGCCAUGCUUGGUGACAGGGGAGGGAGGGGGGGGAGUAUGAACAUCCAUAGUAGCUGAAGGGCUGGCUACCCCACUUUGGAUCUUGCAAUGAAAAACUUUAUAUAGAGUAUAGAGUUCUGAGGGAUUGCCUUUCAUUGUGUCUGGGAUUCACACUUUCCUUGAGCUUGAAUUGCCAUAAUUGCAGCUAUCUUGUCCUGUAGAUUUCUGUGAGAUCUUAAGCAUGACAGACUUCCCCUGGAUUGGUGCGCUCAGCAUUUUGUACAGAGCUGCAACAUCCUUCUCCAUCCCAUUUCAAUCAUAAACUUCCAUUAGAGCCGAGAGCUCAUGCCAUAUCUCUCAAGCUCAGCACAGCCACCCUCAAAUUUCUGAGAUCCAGGUAGAACUCCAUUCCUCCUGCUACUCUGUUCAGGUAUCCUUUUUGUUUCAUCUUGUGUGGGGACAAAACAGGUGAGCGUUUCCCCAUUUGCACUUAGAUUGGGAAGGCUAGCCAUGGAUCUCCUCGUAUCCCUUGGUGACUUGAAAACACAAAAUGUUUUCCUUCCUUAUUGCUGCUCUUGAACCUGAUAAGAGAAGCAGUUUUUUGGACUACACCUCCCAGAGUCCCAUGGGCAGCAUGCUUUUCCAAGCUUAAGGCUAGAUAUACCAUGAGGUCAUCUAGCCUCAGAUUGUUUGUGCUAGGGCAGAAACUCAUGGGUUAAAACCCUUUGAAGGCAUGUGCUCUGGUAUUGGAGGGGGCUCCCGCUUUGCCUUAAAUUGGGGUAUCCCCACUGUAUCUGUCCCUAGAAUCAGUACAGAAUCAUAGGGUUGGAAGGAACCCUAGGGCUAUCCAGUCCAACCCCAUACUGCCAUGCAGGAAUACACAAUCAAAGCACCCCUGACAGAUGACCAUCCAGCCUGUUUAAAAACCUCCAAAGAAGGAGAGACUACCACUCUCUGAGGGAGGGAGUUCCACUAUGAAACAGAUCUUACUGUCUUGAAGGUCUACCUAACGUUGGGUAGAACCUGUUUUCCUCUAGUUUGAAUGCAUUGUUCCGUGUCCUGUUCUCUGGAGCAGCAGAAAAGAAGCUUGCUUGCAGUAUUGACACCCCUUCAAAUACUUAAACAGGGCUGUCACCACUUAACCUUCUCCAAGCUGAAGAUAUCCAGCUCCCUAAGCCUCUCCACAUAGGAUUUUAUGGUUUCCAAAGGUUUCACCGUUUUGGUCAUCCUCCUCUGGACAUCCUCCAGCUUGUCAACAUCCUUUUUGUAUUGUAGUGCCCAGAACUGGACACAGUAUUCCAGAUGAAAUCUGACCAAAGAAUCGAAUGGUACUAUUAGUUUAUUAAUUCUAGAGAAGAAGAUGCAGUGAUCUUGUUUUCUUCUUCUCCAGUGAACAAGAACCAAUGGAUUCAAAUGACAAAAGAGAUGCUGCCUAAGCAGUAGGAGGAAAGUAAUGACUGUAAGAGCAGUUUGGCACUGGAAUAGAUGAUCUCAGAAGCCAAUGGACGCUCCAUCUUUGGAAGCUUUUAAACAGAUGGGUAUUUUCCAGGUGUGCUUUAGUUGUAUAUUCCUACAAGUCAUGGGGCUGGACUAGCUGGUCCUUGGAGUCCCUUCCAAAACUACUUUUGAGUUCUUCAGUUGGUGGGUCAAGGAGCCACUUUGUCCAUGAGAUGUGAAGGUAGACAAUGCAGCAACGUUGCUGAAGAGAUCUGGAUCUGUUGGCAAGCCUUUCUCACACACAUAUAUAGCCCACAUCCCUGAGUGAAAGGUGAAAACCAAAAUAUAAUGAGAGAGAGUUUUGUCUCUCUUGGCCAGAAGGCCUCAAUAGCUGCUUUCCCCAAAUACAAAACCUUUUACAGAGCCUCUUGAUAUGGAAGUGAGCUAAAUCCUUGCUUCAUAAACAGAAGCUUGCUGCUUUGGUGAUUCCGUUCUGGUUUCAAAUGUCUAUUCUUGUGCCGGUCUAAUUUUUUCCUUGGUUCCAGAUGUAACCAAGAAUGCAAAAGGAAAGUACAGUCAGCCCUCAGUAUCCACAAGUUCUUUAUCCAUGGAUACCAUCAUCUGCAGCUUGAAAAUAUUCAAAAAUAUGCUAAUUCCAAAAAACAAACCUUGAUUUUGUCAUUGGAUGUUAGGGACGCCAUUUUACCAUGCCAUUGUUUCCAAUGGGCCUUGAGCACUCAUGGAUUUUGGUAUCCACAGGAGUCCUGGAACCAAAGCCCAGUGGAUACCGAGAGAUGAAAAGUGGAUAUUUCCCAAAAUACCGCUGUGUCUAUUUCCCAGGUUUCCUGUUCCAAUUCACACCUGAAAGGAAGCUGGGGAGGGGUGAAGUGGCUUCACUGCUGAUUCCUUUCCAUUUUAAACCGAAUUAACUAUUCCCGUAGUCUCUGGUUUGAACGGCCUCUUCUUGGUCUCGGUGUCUGUGAUGAGAGUUUGAUUUUGGGCUAUGACUAACUAUUUUGUUUGCUGUCAUACGUUCUCAAUAAACGAGGAAGACUAUUCA